UGCGGGCGGCCAUUGCUGGUGCUCCGCUGCGGGGAAGAGGAAGCUGAGGAGGCGCCGAGCCGCGCAGCGCUGCGGAGGAGUCGCCGUGCAGGCGCGGGGCCCAUGGCCAGGACCACCAGCCAGGUGUAUGACACCGUUCCUAUUCAGUCCAGCGUGGUAUUAUGUUCCUGCCCGUCCCCAUCAAUGGUGAGGACCCAGACUGAGUCCAGCACGGCCCCUGGCGUUCCCAGCUGUGGUAGCAGGCAGGGCCCCACCAUGGACAGCACCACGGCCGAAUCCCGGCCAAACGCCAACUCGCUGCAACAUGCCACACAGCCGCCACCACAGCCUCGGAAGAAACGGCCAGAAGACUUUAAAUUUGGGAAAAUUCUUGGUGAAGGCUCUUUUUCAACAGUUGUCCUGGCCCGAGAACUGGCAACCUCAAAGGAAUAUGCUAUUAAAAUUCUAGAGAAACGUCACAUUAUCAAAGAGAACAAAGUCCCGUAUGUAACCAGAGAGAGAGACGUGAUGUCGCGGCUGGAUCACCCCUUCUUUGUUAAACUUUACUUCACAUUUCAGGAUGAUGAAAAGCUCUAUUUUGGCCUUAGUUAUGCCAAAAAUGGAGAACUACUUAAAUACAUUCGGAAAAUUGGUUCGUUUGAUGAGACAUGCACCCGAUUUUACACAGCUGAGAUGGUGUCUGCCCUAGAGUACUUGCAUGGCAAGGGCAUCAUUCACAGGGACCUGAAACCAGAAAAUAUUUUGUUAAAUGAAGAUAUGCACAUCCAGAUCACAGAUUUUGGAACAGCAAAAGUAUUAUCCCCAGAGAGUAAACAAGCCAGGGCCAACUCGUUUGUAGGAACAGCCCAGUAUGUUUCUCCAGAGCUGCUCACAGAGAAAUCGGCCUGUAAAAGUUCAGACCUUUGGGCUCUUGGAUGCAUAAUAUACCAGCUUGUGGCAGGACUGCCACCGUUCCGAGCUGGAAAUGAAUAUCUUAUAUUUCAGAAGAUCAUUAAGUUGGAAUAUGACUUUCCUGAAAAAUUCUUUCCUAAGGCAAGAGAUCUUGUGGAAAAACUUCUGGUUUUAGAUGCCACAAAGCGAUUAGGCUGUGAAGAAAUGGAAGGGUACGACCCUCUGAAAGCUCAUCCGUUCUUUGAGUCGAUCACGUGGGAGAACCUGCAUCACCAGACGCCUCCGAAGCUCACAGCUUACUUACCGGCCAUGUCGGAAGAUGAUGAGGACUGCUAUGGCAAUUACGACAAUCUCCUGAGCCAGUUCGGCUGCAUGCAGGUGUCGUCGUCCUCCUCCUCCCACUCCCUGUCCGCCACGGACGCGGGGCUGCCCCAGAGGGUGGGAAGCAACAUCGAGCAGUAUAUCCACGACCUGGACACUAAUUCUUUUGAACUGGACUUGCAGUUUUCUGAAGAUGAGAAGAGGUUGUUAUUGGAGAAGCAGGCCAGCGGAAACCCUUGGCACCAGUUUGUAGAAAAUAAUUUAAUACUAAAAAUGGGUCCAGUAGACAAGCGCAAGGGUUUAUUUGCACGGCGACGACAGUUACUGCUCACAGAAGGGCCACACUUAUAUUAUGUGGAUCCUGUCAACAAAGUCUUGAAAGGUGAAAUUCCAUGGUCACAAGAACUCCGGCCAGAGGCCAAGAAUUUUAAAACCUUCUUUGUCCACACGCCGAAUAGGACGUAUUACCUGAUGGACCCGAGCGGGAAUGCUCACAAAUGGUGCAGAAAGAUCCAGGAGGUGUGGAGGCACAGAUACCAGAGCCACCCGGACGCCGCUGUGCAGUGAUGCCCACGGCCCUGCACGCGCUGCAGGACGUGUGCCCAGCACGGCUCACCGCCACCUGGACACUUCCAGACCACCUGCCAGCCAUCUCAAGGGGGACGCAGACGGCGGAACCUUGCAGCUUUUUUAUUUAAAAGAAAA